AUGUCAAUGGCCUUGAGACAAGUUGUCAGAGCUUCAUCACUAUUGAUAGGCCAGUGUCAUCCUUCUUUGGUGAGGGACACAGCCAGAGUGAUAGUAUCUCGAUUGGUUUUGGAUGAUUACUUCAUGGUGCAUAUUCCUGAGAAGGAAGUCUUCUAUGCUUAUGACCCAAAGAAUCAGUGCAAGCCUGGGGAUGUUGUACUUAUUGAGCAACUGCCUGAGAGGAAAACAAAGAAGAUUACUCACCAAGUGAAGGAAGUAAUCUUUCCCUGUGGUGAUAUUGUGGACCCUGUCUCAGGGAGAAGAACAGUGGGAAACCAAUACAGAGACCUGAUGGAAUAUAGAGAAGAGCUGUACAGGAAGUUGACAGACUCAUCACAAGGCUUUGACUAUUCCAGUGCUCCACCACGUGGAAGUACAGACAAGGACAAAACCUACAGAGAAACAUAUCAGAAGUAUGAUGCACGAAUCAAGGAUGAUUAUGCUGUUUGACUUCUCUGAUGAUAGUGGGAGUAUUUGAUGCUGUGUUGUCAAGGAUUGUCUUUAGAAGAAAUUUGUUUUUUGAUGGGU